GUCCUCCAUAAAUACUAAGUUCUUAAAGAAAUAAGUUUCUCGUCAUAAUAGGCUUAAAUAGUAUUUGAAAAAGCUAUAUAUUUUUUAAACCAGAAGUUUUUAAUACCUGGAGAUAAAAACAUAUACAAUCUUUAUCAAUAAGGUAUAAUUAUAAAAUAUAACUGUUGGUUUCUUCUUCCUAGGUUUAGCAUAUAGUAAUCAAAUGUGUACAGAGAGUGCUUGCGUUAUAGCAGAAGGCUUUCAGUUUGAUGCUAGCUUAAUAUUAGCGCACGAAAUUGGACAUAGUUUAUCUAUGAAACAUGACGGCGUAGGAAACUCAUGCGAUCCAGAAAAGUAUAUUAUGUCACCAUCAAUUGGAGGCGGAAAAACGAAAUGGUCCAAGUGUAGUAAUAAAUAUUUAAGAGAUUUUCUGAGAACAAAAACUUCAAAAUGUUUACGGAAAACAUCCACUCGCCGAAAUUAUUUGAAAAAAGAAAAUCAAUUUCCUGGAGAAAAAUAUCCUCCUAAAGCUCAAUGCCAUUUGUCUACAGGAAAAGAUUCUUUUCCAUUUGUUGAGAAUUCGUCUGAUGAUAUUUGUAGUUUGUUAUGGUGUAUGAAUAAAAAAUGGAGGAUAUCAUCACAUCCUGCUUUAGACGGAAGCGAAUGCGGUUCCAAUAAGAUAAAAUGAAGGGGAUGAUAUUCGCUGCAUUGCUACCUGUAUUUGUGUCAUGUUUAAAUGAAAAAACUGCAUCAAUUAUUUGGGAUGAAGGAGCAAGAAAAUUUGUUAUUAAAGAUUUUAUCAUCAAUAAUUCAGUAGCUUGGGCUAGUUUUGAAGAUGGAAUAUUUACAACAGGAUGGUCGUAUUUGGAAGUUCACACCGAUCCAUCGUAUUCGGAUUCUUUCCAAGCUUAUGCUGCAGGUUUGGUCGAAGGAUAUUUAACAGCUGAUCUCAUCUCUAAACACUGGAACAAUUUGUAUCUAAACUAUUGUAAAAACGAAGAAUACUGCGAUAAACUUAAGACUUUCUUACAAAUAAACAUGGAUUUCAUGAAUAAAAAUAUUCAGGAAAACAAAACUUCCUACUGGAAUCACGUUGCAUUAAUAUUGAAGCAAGUGAAAGGCUUACAAGAUGGAUAUGAAGGAACUCCAUCUCUACCUGAUACUAGACCAGAUUUUAUGGGAGUUAUGUUGUUCAAUCUUUUCGGAGAUCUAAUAGAUUUGGAAGUUGUUUUUAAUAAAGGUUUUCAGAAUAUUUCCGAAAAUACCCAUUGUUCUGCUUUAAUUAAAUUCUUGCCUGGAUAUAAGGAUUUAUAUGUAGCUCAUGAUGCAUGGAAUGAUUAUUCGACAAUGUUGCGUAUUCUUAAGAAAUAUGUGAUGCAUCUUAAAGUUUUUGCCACUAAAGACAACAGAAUAAUACCUGGUUACAUAUCAAGUUUUUCCUCUUAUCCUGGAUGUAUUUUUUCUGGAGACGACUUUUAUAUCUUAUCUUCUGGAUUAGUAGCAUUGGAAACGUCAAUCGCAAAUACAAACACCAGUUCAUUUCAAUAUAUAAAACCAGAUCGUGUAGUGUUAGAAUGGAUUCGUAAUCUUGUGGCUAACAGAUUAGCUACUGGAGGAAGAAAUUGGGCUGACAUUUUCAGUUUAUUUAACAGUGGAACAUAUAAUAAUCAAUGGAUGAUUGUAGACUAUAAAAAAUUUGUUCCCAAUAACGAACCUCAAAAGGAAUUAUUAUGGAUUUUGGAGCAGUUACCAAAUUACAUUGAGAGCAAAGAUCAAACAAAUGUUCUUAUUCAACAAGGGUUUUGGUCAUCAUAUAAUAUUCCUUAUUAUUCAAAUAUUUUUAAUAUGAGCGGACACCUAGAAAAAGUAAAAAUGUAUGGUGAUUAUUUUACAUAUGACAAAGCUCCGAGGGCGUUAAUUUUCAAAAGAGAUCAAGGAAAAGUUACUGAUUUAAAUAGUAUGAUGAAAAUGAUGAGAUAUAAUGAUUUCAAAAAUGACCCGCUUUCUCGUUGCAAUUGUACUCCUCCAUACAGUGCAAACAAUGCGAUUGCUUCACGUAUGGAUUUGAACCCUGAAAAUGGCACAUAUCUUUGUCCUUUUUUACGCAACGCAGCUUUUGGAGCAAUAGAUAUGAAGUUGACGAACUAUUCGAUGCAAAAGAAUUAUCAGUUUAUCGCUUAUUCUGGGCCAACAUACGAUCAACAACCGGUUUUCAAAUGGAGCACCAGUAUAUAUUCAGACAUCCCUCAUUCUGGUCAUCCCGACGAAUGGAACUUUAAGCCUGUUCUUCAUCAUUGGUUAAAUGUGUAACGUUUACUUAAACAAGCAGUCUUUGACUUUCGGAUAUUCGUGUUUGGGAUAAUUCUCUCUUUCGCACAUAAUAAUUUAAUACCCUAAAGCAUGAGUCUCACGCGAUGCUAGACAUUGAUGUUUGAAGGUCGAGUUAGGUACAGUAUAUUCGCCAUCUUGUUCACGCAAAACUACAGGAAAGACGAACGUUAGCAUGAAAUCUAUCUCGUAAGCUUUUCCACUUCUGCUAUUCUUUCAUUUAUUAACAAACUAAGAAAAGUUUUAGUGUUUAAUUUUAUUGACAGUAGCCUCUACAAAUCUACUGACACUAGCUUUUACAUCAGGAACUAAUGUAUCUCGAUAAACAAUCUCUCUAAAGUUUGAUUUGUUCUAUUGAAGUUUGCUCUUUGGCAGCAUGUACGAAUAAGUUCGAUAUUUAUAUUUUACGUUAUGAAGUUCAGAGUGUUUAUUAUUUGUCUAAAUUAUCUUUUAUCAUUCCUUAACAAAUAUUAUUUAAAAUCAAAAAAUUCGCCCUUUUUAUUGCUUUUGGCCCAUAAAAUAUUAGCUUUGUUAUCAAUUAAAAUUACAAUUAAACUCAUAAUUACAAGCUUAAUAAUCUCAUAAUUUUUGGCCCUUUAAAUUACUAUUUUAUAUUAUAUUGGCCAAGAUGCUAGAUUUCUUUGAAGGUUUAAUAUCUUCAGAAAAUCUAGCAGUUUGUCUACAGAGAAAAUUAAUCUUAUUUCUGAUUUAGCCUAUCUUCAAAUAUAAGUCCCAGAUGUUUGUUAUUGUCUUUAAUUUUUAUUUUAUUAUUAUCGAUGUGAAUGUAGAUAACGACGCCUAAAUAAAUGAGAAAACUUUGACCAAUCAUUUUUUCACUCGAAGUAAAAAAGAUAAUAUAUAUUAAGAACCGGUUAAAGCAAAUGCAGUUCCAAUUGCGGAACCCACAUUAGUGGCCGCAUGGAUAAAACCACAGAACACUGUUGAUCGUGGUUAGAAUCUCGACAACUUCUGGCUACAUGGAGUUUUCCGGGUUUUCUUCACAUUAGUAACACUUAAAGGCCAGUUUGCCAUAAAAGACCUCCCGGGACACAUCCCCCUCGACAGAUCGUCUAUGAGUCGCGUUUCUGUAUACUAAUAAAACAAACCAAUUUAAUUGUUUCUGUUUUAAUAUUGUGUCCUGAUUUUCUAUGGAUCUUAGUGCCAACAGAGCGGAGAGUUAAAAAAAACGUUUCCCAGCUGUCGAAACAUUCUAUUGGGUUUUUUUUUUCCGGGGGAAUCUGACAUUUGUACAUAUUCCACUUACUAUAGCACAUUUGACUUCAAUUUUUCUAAUGCAAAACUACGAAUAAUUACAUGGUUUACAACAUUCUCAUAUACGCAAGUCGCUAAUUCUUCAUGGGCUUUAUUCACACCGAAAAACAGUCUUGUUUAAAAACUUUAAUUCUUUAUUUUGCUCUAAAUUUUGUUCGAUACAUCACUGCAAUUCGACCACAUAGACGCACAUAGAUGCUAUUCCGUCCGAGCAAAUAUGAACUUAUUUUUAAUAAUAGUAAGUAUGCUAAAUUCUCAAUUUUCUACACUUUUUCAAACGACAAACAAAAAUUUAGCUGAUAUUGUGCUGUGACCGCUUUCUGCCAGUUUUGGUAAGACAAAAAUCAUUCGUUAUCAUUCGUUUAAUCAUCGUUUCUGUUUAAGUUAAUAAUUUUAACGUUCUAUACGAUAUUUUUAUGAACUUUAAUAUAUUAAUUCUAAAACAAAUAAAGCCUUUCAAUUUUAAUAAGAGAUUUUAUAUUUUUCAUCUUCCUAGGAACAGAAUCCCCUUUAUACUAUGCAAUUGCAUUUUUCGGCCUUUGAGCAUCUGACUUUCAUUUACAUUUUUAGAAAUGAAUUACAUGUACAGUAUAUCCGAAAGUUGGGAACUGU